GCUAGUUCCUCAAUUUUGGUAGUGCUGGUGGGGAGUGGAUAAGGCAGCUGUAAAUUUUUUCUGAACUGUUUACCGUUCAAUGUUGCAAAAACUUCUCUGUUUGUCUUAAACAUUAAGGAAUCUACAUGUAGAAAACUUUCUUUAGAGUUGAUACAACGAAAAGACCAAUUUGAUCUCAUUUGAACGCGGUUGAAAGAAAAUAUGGGAUGUAUAAAGUCAAAGAACUCCACUGAAGAGCCAAAGGAAUUGAAGGAAAAACCAGUACGUAAAUCUGAACCAACUAUUUAUGUGCGAGAUCCCACAUCCAAUACACAAGUGCCAAGUUCAAACCAGGAUUCUCAUCUAUUACCUGGCCAGAAGUUUCAGAAAUUUGAAGAGACUGAUGGCAAAAUAGUUAUUGCUUUGUAUCCUUAUGAUGGAAACCAUAUAGAUGACUUGAACUUCAAAAAAGGAGAAAGGUUGAAAGUGCUUGAAGAGCAUGGUGAAUGGUGGAAAGCCAAAUCUCUUGUAACUAGAAAAGAAGGAUACAUUCCCAGCAAUUAUGUGGCAAACAUCAACACACUGGAAACAGAGGAGUGGUUCUUUAAAGAUAUCAGCCGCAAAGAUUCAGAGAGACUCCUAUUAUCACCUGGAAAUAAAUCUGGUGCUUUCCUUAUUAGGGAGAGUGAAACAUCAAAAGGUAGUUACUCACUGUCAAUGAGAGAUUAUGAUCUUCAGAUUGGUGAUGUAGUUAAACACUACAAGAUUCGAUGCCUGGACAGUGGCGGAUUUUACAUCUCUCCUAGAAUUACAUUUCUUGACCUAAAUCAGCUAAUUAAACAUUACCAAAAACAGCCUGAUGGCCUGUGUCGAAAGCUUGGAUCCCCCUGUGUCAGCCCCCAGCCACAAAAACCAUGGGAUAAAGAUGCAUGGGAAAUUCCACGAGAGUCUGUGAAAUUGGUGAAGAAACUUGGUGCUGGACAGUUUGGAGAAGUGUGGAUGGGUUACUAUAAAAAUUCUACAAAAGUAGCUGUUAAAACUUUGAAACCAGGCAGCAUGUCUGUGGAAGCUUUCCUUGAAGAAGCCAACCUCAUGAAGAAACUCUUACAUGACCGAUUAGUGCGACUCUAUGCAGUAGUUACUAAAGGAGAUCCGAUUUACAUUAUUGCGGAAUUUAUGGCCAAUGGUAGUUUGCUAGAUUUCCUGAAGACAGAUGAAGGGAGAAGACUUGUAUUGCCUAAAAUGAUUGAUUUCUCAGCACAGAUUGCAGAGGGAAUGGCAUUUAUUGAAAGAAAAAAUUACAUCCAUCGAGACCUUAGAGCAGCUAACGUUUUGGUAUCCGAAAACCUGAUGUGUAAAAUUGCUGAUUUUGGCCUUGCUCGAAUAAUUGAAGAUAAUGAAUACACAGCCAAAGAAGGGGCUAAAUUUCCAAUCAAAUGGACAGCACCUGAAGCUAUAAGCUAUGGAUCGUUCACAAUUAAGUCAGAUGUUUGGUCCUUUGGGGUUCUCCUAUAUGAAAUAGUCACAUAUGGAAAGAUUCCAUAUCCAGGAAUGUCUAACACAGAGGUUGUAAAUGCUAUUGGACGAGGUUAUCGCAUGCCACGUCCUGAAGAAUGCCCACAAGAGCUGUAUGAUGUCAUGAAGGAUUGUUGGAAAAGUAAAGCUGAAGAUCGGCCAACCUUUGAAUAUCUCAAAGGGUUGCUUGAAGACUUUUAUACAGCCACAGAAGGUCAAUACCAACAGCAGCCAUAGAACAUAAAAUGAAACGUCAAUCAAAUCGAUAGCUAGUGCAAACUGUUAAAUGGCAUGAAGGUAUAUAUGUAUACACCAAAUGUAUUUUGUCACAAUUGCAUGUAACAAAGUCACUAACCGAUGCUUAAUUACCUAGAUAACCGGAACAUUCAAUUGUACCAAACACUCAGCAUCACCACAACCAUAUUGUAAAAGGUUGUAUGUUCAGUGUCUAAAUUAAUAGAGUCAAAAUAGAGAAAAUAGUCCAGCUAUUUUUAUUCACAUCAAAUCUAACUAGAAUAGAAUGUUAGUGGCAAAUCAUUUUCUAAUCUGGGAGUGUGGGGGUCCAGGUGGCAUGUAAGAGAGUGUGGUGAGAUGGACAUUCUUGUCCUGAAUCACUACAUAGCAUUUUUAUCUCAAUUUGGUGCUUUAUGAAUACAGUUAAGAUGCCUGUGGUGGUGUCUCAAAGCUGGCCUUGCUUGACAGUGAUAUACAGUAAUCAAUAAUCUGGUUGAAGACUACUCAGUACUGCUGCAUUGGCAAACUAUUCACAUUGCUGCAAACAAAAAUUUAAUCCAAGCAACUUCGGUCAGUGAAUCCAUACAUGUGAACAUGAAUGGAUUUUCUGUAAAUUAAUAAAUACAUUCCAAGCAAAAAACAGAAGUGGGACCACCGCUUGAAACUGUUUACAUAUACAACACGUUAAACUACCAUUAGCAGUUUCACUGUUGUUUAACUGUCAUUAUCACCAUUAACUAUAUUGUUUAAGGAUUUGGGGAGUUGACAUCUGUAAAAGUAUUCAUUUGAAUUACAUCUGACAAAAGUUAAAUGCAAUUUUUUUUCUUAUGAGACUGAGAUUAUAUUCCACAGCAAAUCAGUGCCUUGAUCAUUAACUAACCAGGCAUGUGGAAGAGUUAUGUAGACCAUUUGUUAUUACUAUAUUCCUGAUUUUUCUUCAAUUUUUGUAACAUUUAAUUUCUUUUAAAACAAAUCAAUUCAGUGCCAUUGCUUUUACUGAAAUUUGAAUCCAGUGCCAUUUCUUCAAAAUGUAGUUCAUUUAGAUCCUAACUCAAAAGAGAAAGUUUGAACUAAAACUCCAUGAACCAGUAUUCCGUCACAGGAAAUAUUACCUAUGACACAGAGUGCUCGAACAAAUCAUGAUUAUUCAAAUUUCAAUUCACGGGGAGUUUCCAGAAGUAACUUUGAACUAACUUUGACCAGAAAAUGUUCCCACUUUGUCUAUCAAUGUGUAAGUGGUAUUUUAUUCCAUAUAUUUUGUAUAGUAAAAUUUGACUAGCUGUUUUAACAGAACACUUAGCAGAUGUGUAUGCUACUUGUAAAAUGUGCAAUAAUUUGCUUGAUAGUUUUCUGUUCUCCCAUUGUGUGGGAAGAAAUAUACAUUAAGUUAUGAAUUUGUAACAUGAAUGUUUUGAAUAAAAGUGAGUAUUUACAAUA